GAUUUCGGUGCGCUAAGCAUUAUGACGGAUCGGCUCCGUCGAAUGUACGAAUGUCGUGUACGUAAGUGGAAGACUCUUCGUUUUGCUGUGCUCUUCAUUUCGAGGACGUGCUCUAGGUAUGUGCCCGGGCCGGCACGGGAAGAACGCGCAUGCCACAGUGAUCCCAGAGAAAUCUUCAAGGAAAGUAUCGCGCCGUGAAGGCGGUGGGCGGUGUUACUGCAAUUUCAUCCAAGUGUCAACCGUCCUCAAGCAACCAUGAAGAAACAGUUUUUUCGAGUAAAGCAACUCGCCGAUCAAACCUUCUCCAGAGCUGGAAGAACAGAAGUUCUGACCGAUGAUUUGCAAGCAGCAGAUAAACACGUGGAGGAAAUAAGAGCUGCGCUGACAGGUCUCAGCAAACGACUGGGUAGUCCACCUAAUCAGACCGUGGCACAGGAUCCAGCUUACAAAGAGAAACGCCUGAAAAAAUGUCCGGAGUACGUGCUCGGUCAAACAAUGCUGGAGAACGCCGCGGAGGAGGGUCUUAUGAGUUUUGCUCUCUCGGAAUGCGGAAGAGCUCAAAUAGCGUUGGCUCAGGAGGCCGUAGAGCACGAGGCUAAGGUAGAGCAAUACGUAGCAGUGCCACUUCAUUGCAUCCUUGAAACGGAUGUGCCGAAUAUCCUAAAGCAUAAGAGAAACUUGGCACGUUUAACAUUGGACAUGGAUAGUGCAAGGACCCGGUACCAGCAGGCUAGUAAACAUAGUGCUGGUGGUGCCGGUGCAACAAAGGUUGACAGCCUUCGCGAAGAGCUAGAGGACGCCGAGACAAAAGUCGAACAGUGUAGAGAUCAGCUGGCUGCCGAAAUGUUUCAACUGAUGUCGCGUGAAACUGAACUUGCUCAAACUAUCGUACAGUAUGUAAAACUGCAACGUGCCUAUCACGAAAGUGCACUUCACUGCUUAGAGGACCUUAUUCCGGGCCUGGAAAGUUAUAUCAAUGACAAUGAGAUGAAACCAGUCUAUGGCUAUCCUCUGGAGGAGCAUCUAAGAGUUACGAAUAGAAAAAUCGCUCUACCGAUUCAGCUGUGCGUUUCGGUCCUCCUGAGGCUCGGAAUGGAAGAGGAGGGCCUUUUCAGAAUAGCCGGUGGCGCUUCUAAGCUGCGAAGGAUCAAAUUGAGUCUUGAUGCUUGCUGUCUCACUCUACCGACGGCUCUGGAGUAUAAGGACCCGCAUGUGGUGGCAGGAGCGUUAAAAUCGUACCUGCGGGAAUUGCCGGAGCCUCUGCUCACAUACAAGUUGUAUUCUGAGUGGAUGGCAGCUGCAAAGAUAACGCAAAGUGAUUCCAGACUGCGUGCUCUCUGGGAGUUGCUGCACAAGUUGCCACCUGCGAACCUGGAAAACCUAAGGUUUCUCAUUAAAUUCUUAGCUGUGCUAACGAAGAAUCAGGAUGUGAACAAAAUGUCACCGCAGAAUAUAGCCAUCGUUAUAGCUCCCAAUCUCAUUUGGAGUCCUCAGGAGGACGUGAAUACUAUGGUGAUAAACAUGAGUACAGCUAACAACUCUAGUCUUAUAGUAGACCAGCUGAUCACGUACGCUGAUUGGUUCUUUCCGGGCGAAGUGGAUUUUGAUCGUGACUUGGACAUAGGUAUCCUUAAUGGUUCGGAGAAUCAAGUAUUAGAAAUGCGUCGUGCUGUAUCCAACAGUAGUCUAAGCGAUCAUGGCGAGAGUCCACCACAAGGAAGUCCAAAGCCAGCAACUCGUAGAAAAAAUAAACCAGCACCAACACCACCAGGAGGCACCCCGGAUAGGCAUGAUGUCCGAAGAUGUGACGACAAGCCUCCACCAGCUCCAGAUAAGCCACCGAGACCCUUGAUUACGACUACCUUAAAUCGAAGCACGUAUAAGUCCUCAAAACAAGAUAUCCCUCCAGAACCUGUGUUAGCGCAUCACGACACUAGAUCUGAUAAGCCUGAAAAGAGUCUUGAGAUUGAUGUAAAGCCCUUGGGAUUCGAAGUCAUCUCCAGAACCGACGUCAAUUUCGUAGAAUGUCCCGAGAGGACAGUCGAUUCGCGCAGCCCCGCCCAGGAAACUGUGAAGUCUGAUCUCAGGACUGAUAGGAAUGUCCAAGAGGUGAAGCACAACGUGCUACUUGGAUUCGAAGCUCUUAAUCUAAAAACGACCACGGAAAGCUCCUCGCCGAACAGACCCACUGUCGAAUUGGAGCAAUUCGAAGUGCCGCACUCUAAACCGAAGCCAGUGCCUGCCGAAAAACCAUCGCCGUCUACUCUCGAGAGGCGAAGGAUACCAGUAGCAGCACCAAGAAAUAUAGGGAACUUAACGCAGAAUAACGCGACUGAAGACAGUGUUGAACUGCGUAAAAAAUCCGAAGACAACAGCUUACAAACGAAUGUAAGUAGCAUCGAGAGGCCAACAAGUAAACCAGCAAUUCCAGAGAGACCGGCCGGACUGGUUCGCCCUUCUAGUCUGAUGAGGCCACCACAACAUCGUCAAAGUAACGAGAACCUCGAUGGCGAGUCUGGACCCCUAACAUUGGAACGGGCACACGUGUAUUCGGUGGACAAACAACAGGUUAGUAUAAUACAAGUGCGUGGAAAUGGCACCAGUAGCAACAGCUCCGCCGAGAGCAAUGGCAACACGGCUUCGAACUUGCAGAGAAGUCCUAGCGUGGGCAGCAGGCCUACGUCUAUGUCUCUAUCCAAUGAUCGACCGGAGAAGCCACCGCGACCGGAUAUGCCGGAGCAGACUAAGGCCCAUGCGAGGACGCGAUCCGAAGGAAAUAUUAUUGAUGUUCAAACCCAGACCGAAACAGUGAUCGUUUCUAAAUCGCCGCAGCAGCCGCCACCAGCAUCCCCAAGAUUUUUACAAAGGCCACCGAGACCUCAACCUCCACCACCUCCCCCGCCGACGACACGUCCUAAAUCCGAACAAGAAAGCACUAAUCUUUAAAAUAAUCUGUUAUCUCAAUUACGUGAGGAUUUUGCAGAGAGGGAGAGAGAGAGAACGCUAGCCCCCCCCCUCCCGCAAAUCCUCUCAGUUAACUGAUUCUUUUAGCGGAGAAAGCGUGGGUCUAUAUAUUUUCUCCUAAUAUGUACAAUGACAAGCGCCAGUUGAAGAUUUAACACCUCUCACCUCUCGAUUUUAUUCUUUUAAAGACCGUCCUGCUUUACAAUUGAGAGACACGACGGGAUCCUCUUGGGUCAGACAUAUUAAUCGCAACUCAUCGGCGCGUUGCUCCACAUUGUUCAUACAUUUUCAAGCAGACUAUACCUGGUCGUGCGGCUGGCAAGAUCAGGAAGCAGUGCCCGGCCCAAAUAUGAUUUUGAAGGACACUGACACGUGUACAGGACGAAAGUUUUGAUUGCUCAUUCGAAUUAUUGAACAAGAAUUGGCCCUGAAAUUUUCUCGAGAGUGACUGCAACGAUAUUUUCUUCAGUGAUCCAGUGCGACUUGGCGAAACAAGUGCUCAGCUUGAAAAGUAGAAAGGGCGCUUUCGAUGCGAGAAACUUUUGGAUAUACAAAAUUAGGAAUUUCAAGACAUAUAGACAUAUAUUUUCAUGCGACUGGACGAAGGAAUACAUUGCGUCGACUACAAAACGAAAAAGAAGUGCAUUUUAAGAAAAAGUAACGAAAUUACAUAAUUAGGACUUAGGAAAUGGAGUAAGACUCAAAUCAUGCUAGUCAUCAGCUCGACACACCAGCUGGCUAGCAGGAGCUUACAUUUUGCUCCGACUUCCGACUCCCGGAAAUAAUACUAGGUUAUAAGCAUCUGUAGUGUAAUAACGUGAGGAAAUUUGGAGUUCGCGUUCAAUCGUGUAUGAGAUAUGCAGUAAACGCCGAACACGAACGUUUUCUUGGAGAAAAAAUUGCUUAGCUUUUAUUUUACCAUAAUCGACUCUUGGCUGACUAUUUAAGCAACACACGUCCUGCGUGUCUCGAGAGAGAUCGUAAUUGCGUAAACUAAUUUUUUUUUGGUUAAAAUUUUCCAAGUUUAUUCAGUUGUAGAGAGUACUUCUUAGUCGGAAAAGAGAGAGAGACUGUUUUUUGCUUCAUCAUUAUAUCUCAAGUUCUCGUCCGAUCUGUUU